AUGGAGUUGACAGCAGCGACCGUGGCAGUUCGCCUAAACAAGAUGCUGGAGGAUGAGUUGGAUGAUCAGAUACACGACACAUUUUUCUGGACAGAUAGUACUGCAGUUCUGAAAUACAUCUCCAAUGAUGCAACCCGUCUCCACACAUUCGUAGCCAACAGAGUGCAAGUGAUGAGGGAAGGUUCUAAUGUUAGUCAGUGGAGAUAUAUAGAGACAAAGGUCAACCCAGCGGAUGAUGCCUCGUGGGGACUACGGGUCAACAAUUUCUUGAGUAAUCAACGCUGGCUGAAGGGUCCCGAGUUCUUAUGGAAAAAUGAAGAACAUUGCAGUCGUCGCUGGUGA